AUGGCGAGAGCCAAGCUGAAGAAUUCCCCUUCAGAGAGCAAUUCCCGUGUAAAAACUGUCCCGCCAGCGAUGACAGAAGAUGUCCAUGGGGUGAGCCCCUUGUUACCAGCUCGGAGGAUGGGAUCCUUGGGGAGUGAUGUCGGACAAAGGCCUCACGCCGAGGACUUCAGCGUGGAUUCCUCUUUCUCGCAGGUGCAGGUUGAGUUCUACGUGAAUGAAAACACCUUCAAGGAGCGGCUGAAGCUCUUCUUCAUCAAAAACCAGCGAUCGAGCCUGAGGAUCCGGCUCUUCAACUUCUCGCUGAAGCUGCUCACCUGCCUCCUGUACAUCGUCCGCGUCCUGCUCGACAACCCGGAGGAGGGCAUAGGCUGCUGGGAAUGCGAAAAGCAAAAUUACACGGCGUUCAACCAGUCCACGAAGAUAAACUGGUCACACAUCUUCUGGGUGGAUAGAAAAAUGCCGCUGUGGGCUGUGCAGGUCAGCAUAGCUUUAAUCAGCUUUCUGGAGACCAUGCUGCUCAUCUAUCUCAGCUACAAGGGGAACAUCUGGGAACAGAUUUUUCGCAUUUCAUUCAUCCUUGAGAUGAUCAACACAGUGCCAUUUAUUAUCACGAUCUUCUGGCCUCCUUUGCGGAAUUUGUUCAUUCCUGUGUUUCUGAACUGCUGGCUUGCCAAGUACGCCCUGGAGAACAUGAUUAACGACCUGCACCGAGCCAUACAAAGGACCCAGUCUGCGAUGUUUAACCAGGUGCUCAUUCUGAUCUGCACCCUCCUGUGUCUCGUUUUCACCGGGACCUGUGGCAUCCAGCAUUUAGAAAGAGCAGGUGAGAAGCUCUCCCUCUUCAAGUCCUUCUAUUUCUGCAUCGUCACCUUUUCCACCGUGGGCUAUGGAGACGUGACACCAAAGAUCUGGCCUUCCCAGCUCCUCGUCGUGAUAAUGAUUUGCGUCGCCCUGGUCGUGCUGCCGCUCCAGUUCGAGGAGCUCGUCUACCUGUGGAUGGAGCGGCAGAAGUCGGGAGGCAAUUACAGCCGUCACCGUGCCCAGACGGAGAAACACGUCGUCCUUUGUGUCAGCUCCCUCAAGAUUGAUCUCCUCAUGGACUUCCUCAACGAGUUUUACGCCCACCCGCGCCUGCAGGAUUACUACGUGGUGAUACUUUGCCCAACAGAGAUGGAUAUCCAGGUGCGGCGGGUCCUGCAGAUCCCUCUGUGGUCACAGCGAGUGAUCUACCUCCAGGGCUCUGCACUGAAGGACCAGGACCUCAUGAGAGCCAAGAUGGACAACGGAGAAGCCUGCUUCAUUCUCAGCAGCCGAAACGAGGUGGACCGCACCGCGGCGGACCACCAGACCAUCCUGAGAGCCUGGGCUGUGAAAGAUUUUGCUCCGAACUGUCCUCUCUAUGUUCAGAUCUUAAAGCCUGAAAAUAAGUUUCAUGUCAAGUUUGCCGAUCACGUCGUCUGCGAAGAGGAGUGCAAAUACGCCAUGCUGGCACUGAACUGCGUCUGCCCCGCCACCUCCACCCUCAUCACACUGCUGGUGCACACCUCCCGUGGCCAGGAGGGCCAGGAGUCCCCGGAGCAGUGGCAGCGGAUGUACGGGCGCUGCUCGGGCAAUGAGGUCUACCACAUCCGGAUGGGCGACAGCAAGUUCUUCAUGGAGUACGAGGGGAAGAGCUUCACCUACGCCGCCUUCCACGCGCACAAGAAGUACGGCGUCUGCCUGAUCGGCAUCCGGAGGGAGGAGAACAAGAGCAUCCUGCUGAACCCCGGCCCGCGGCACAUCAUGGCAGCGUCCGACACCUGCUUCUACAUCAACAUCACCAAGGAGGAGAACUCCGCCUUCAUUUUCAAGCAGGAGGAGAAGCAGAAGAAGAAGGGCUUUGCGGGGAGAGGCACCUACGACGGCCCGUCCCGCCUGCCUGUGCACAGCAUCAUCGCCAGCAUGGGUACAGUAGCCAUGGACCUGCAAAACACAGAGUGCCGCCCUGCUAACAGCAGCAAGCUGACGCUGCCGGCGGAGAACGGCUCAGGCAACCGCCGGCCCAGCAUCGCGCCCGUCCUUGAGCUGGCCGACACCUCGUCCCUGCUGCCCUGCGACCUGCUCAGCGACCAGUCGGAAGACGAGAUGACACAGUCGGACGAAGAGGGGUCGGCGGUUGUGGAGUACGUGAAAGGCUACCCACCGAACUCCCCCUACAUUGGGAGCUCGCCGACUCUGUGCCACCUUUUACCCGAGAAAGCCCCAUUCUGCUGCCUGAGGCUGGACAAGGGCUGCAAGCACAACAGCUUCGAAGAUGCCAAAGCCUACGGGUUUAAGAACAAACUGAUUAUCGUUUCGGCAGAGACGGCUGGGAACGGACUGUAUAACUUCAUUGUCCCCCUUCGUGCGUACUAUCGGUCCCGCAAAGAAUUGAACCCAAUUGUGUUGCUGCUGGACAACAAGCCCGAGCACCACUUUCUGGAAGCCAUCUGUUGUUUCCCCAUGGUUUACUACAUGGAGGGCACGAUCGACAACCUGGACAGCUUGCUGCAGUGCGGCAUCAUCUACGCCGACAACCUGGUGGUUGUGGACAAGGAGAGCACGAUGAGCGCCGAGGAGGACUACAUGGCGGAUGCAAAGACAAUUGUUAACGUCCAGACCAUGUUCAGGCUCUUCCCCAGCCUCAGCAUUAUCACAGAGCUGACCCACCCCUCCAACAUGAGGUUCAUGCAGUUCAGAGCAAAGGACAGUUACUCUCUUGCCCUUUCCAAGCUAGAAAAGAAAGAGCGAGAGAAUGGCUCCAACCUGGCCUUCAUGUUCCGACUGCCCUUCGCGGCCGGGAGGGUCUUCAGCAUCAGCAUGCUGGACACACUGCUCUACCAGUCAUUCGUGAAGGACUACAUGAUCACCAUCACUCGGUUGCUGCUGGGCCUCGACACCACGCCGGGCUCCGGCUACCUCUGUGCGAUGAAGAUCACUGAAGAUGACCUGUGGAUCCGGACGUACGGCCGCCUCUUCCAGAAGCUCUGCUCCUCCAGCGCGGAGAUUCCCAUCGGGAUUUACAGGACGGAGUCGCACAUGUUCGCAACCUCCGAGCCCCACGACAUCAGAGCGCAGUCACAGAUCUCAAUCAACGUCGAGGACUGCGAGGACACGAAGGACGUCAAGGAGCACUGGGGCAUCAAGACCAGCCACCACAGGAACUCCUGCUCCAGCGACCAGUCCGAGCACCCGCUGCUGCGGCGCAAGAGCAUGCAGUGGGCGCGCCGGCUGAGCAGGAAGGGCAACAAGCACUCCAGCAAGACGGCCGAGUGGAUCAGCCAGCAGCGCCUCAGCUUGUACCGGCGCUCCGAGAGGCAGGAGCUUUCCGAGCUCGUCAAAAACCGUAUGAAGCACCUGGGCUUGCCCACAACCGGGUACGAGGAUGUAGCAAAUUUAACAGCCAGUGAUGUGAUGAAUCGGGUAAACCUGGGAUAUUUGCAAGACGAGAUGAACGACCACCAGAACACCUUGUCCUACGUCCUGAUCAAUCCCCCCCCGGACACGCGGCUGGAGCUCAACGACAUCGUGUACCUGAUCCGCUCCGACCCGCUGGCCCACGUGGCCAACGACGGCCACAGCCGCAAGAGCAGCUGCAGCAACAAGCUGGGCCCCUGCAACCCCGAAACACGCGACGAGACCCAGCUCUGA